AUGGCGAAGAACGGCAUCGGCAUCCUCUCCGUGUCCCUCGAGCGACUCCGGAUCGACACCUGGGACGGCUGGGACUGCGUGGAUAGGCCGGAAAACGUCAAGGGCGGCAAUAACGACGCGCCCACCGUCGCGGUCGCCGUCAACUUCGGCGCGCCGUGCGCGCUCGACGCCCUCGACGUCAAACUCCCCGACGGGCGCGUCGACGAUCGCACCGCGAACAUCGUCCACCAGUCGUGCCGAUCGUGGCACGGCGUGCAGCUCAAGUCCCUCGCGGACAUCCUCCACGUCGAGAUUCGCGAGAGGCGGCUGUUCGACGACUCCACCGACCCGCGCGCCAUCGUGUCCCUGCCGAUCGCGUCGUUCAUCGAGUCCGCCUUUGUCAACUCUGACGGCGACGGCGCCAAGCGGGAUCUCAGCUUCGAGUCCCCCGACUGUAAGACGUCGGGAACCGCGACCGUUCGCCUCAAGUUCCACCUCCAAGCCGACGUCCUCGCCGCGCUCGCGAGGGGCGUCGGACUGGAGGACGCGUCCGGCGCGUCCGUCGUCGCCGCCGACACCCUCGCCGCGGUCAAGCUCGGCGUACUCCCGCCGGACAAGGACGCAGAGCGCAAAAAGAUGGAAGCCGACGAGGCUAAAACUUUCAAGCGGAGCAACAACAACGGCAAGGGCGCGGAUGGCUCGUACAACUCCAUGACCGCGGGGAUCAAGCGGUUCCUGUCCGAGCCCAAAUCCCCCGCCAAGCAGCGCAACCAGUUCGUCAACAUGCUCGCCAACUGCGAACUCCCGGCGGCGCAGCGCUCGCGCGGCAGAGCCAAAUCCCGAGUCGUGGUGAAGGCGUGA